AUGCAAUCUUUACCCAAUAACACAUCCAAGCAGAUCAAGGACUUUAUCAUAAUGACAUCGGGCGUGGAGUACCUGUUCCCUAACACGUUACAGGAGAGCCCCCAUCUGACCAAGCUUGUCUUCCUAAACAAUACGCUGCUAAGUAUUCAUGCUCGGGCUUUUGAAAAUCUCACUGAGCUGCAGGAGCUGGAGAUCAGCGGGAGCCCCUGGCUGGAUCAGUUAUAUCUGGGGACUUUUUCAAAGCAGGGAAACCUGACUAAACUGCUGCUCAACUUCAACAGGCUCAAGACAGUGCUCCCUGGCAUGUUUGACUCCCUGAAACAGCUAGAAACUCUGCAAAUGAAGGGCAACAUUAUAUCAGAUCUGCCACCAUUUAUUUUCCUGCACCUCCACAACCUGCGUGUACUGGACUUGUCCCAAAAUAAACUGGAUGAAGUAAAAAGAGAAUUUUUUUAUGGUCUAAUCGGGCUGAAGAUUCUGAAAAUGAACAACAACCACAUUAGUAAUCUUACAUCUGACAUAUUCCACAAUAUUUCUCAACUGAUAGAGCUUCACUUGGAGUGGAAUGAGGUAUCAGAACUUGCUGAUGGCAUCUUCUCUGUGCUAACCAAGCUAAAGGUGCUAAACCUUCGUGGAAACCUUCUUACAACCUUCAGCGAUAAAGUGUUUGGCAUUCAGGCCUCAAAUUUGAAGGAGCUGAACCUAAGAGACAACAGACUAGCUGAGCUGUCCUCUCUCAGUCAUUUCACAUCUCUUUCUGAUCUUUUCUUGUCCUCUAACCAGCUCUCCAACCUUUCUGAAAACAUUUUUACAAAUCUAACAAGGCUGGAGAAUCUGGAUCUUUCUGAAAACCAGCUCACAUUUCUGCCUGAAAGGAUCUUCAGAAAUCUGUUUGGCAUCAAGGCACUCCACCUUCACAAGAACAAUCUAACCAAGGUGGACACCAAACUGUUUGAAGACCAAAAUUUCAUUCAGCAGCUGUAUCUGUCUGACAACCGGCUGGAAACUCUCCCACUGGGCUUUCUAGACCAUUUUCAUAUCCAGAAUACACUUAGGCUGCACGGAAAUCCCUGGAAAUGUGACUGCCACAUGUGGUACCUGCAUGACUGGGUGCUGAGAAACAGCCAAAACAUCGACAUGCCGGACAGGAUGCUUUGUGAGAGCCCUGGCUUUUUGAGAAGACAGGGGGUCGCCUCUAUUGACAAGGAUCAACUGGUGUGUCAGGUGUCAAAAGAUGAGAUGCUUGAUCUCAGCAGCUGUAGUCUGCAAACAUCCAGUGACACUGUGAUCAUCAAAUGUAAAGUGGAUAGAUGUUCUCCGCUGACAGUGAAGGUGCAGUUUCAGGAGGAUAACGGCAGCAUUAAGGAGCAUAUUGUCAAAAACGAACAUGAACAAUUUCGGUGCAGCAACGAGACAAUGACCGAGAGCCCUGUUCAGUAG